CAGCACUGACCCCUUUAACCACCUUCUGCCCGCCAUAUAGUCCAAUGACGGGUGCAAGGGGACAUGUACACUGAUCAUCAGAGCACUGAUGAUCAGUGUGCCCUGAUGAUCAGUGUGGCCACAGAAGUGCCACCUGUCAGUGUCCAUCAGUGCCAGCUGUCAGUGCUGAACAGUGCCACCUGCCAGUGCCCAUCAGUGCCACAUCAAUGCCACAUAUCAGUGCCUACCAGUGCACAUCAAUGCCACAUAUCAGUGCCCAUCUGAGCUGCCUUUCAGUGUCACCCAUCAGUGCCAGUGAGUGCCACCUAUCAAUGCCAAUCAGUGCCACCUAUCAGUGCUGCCAAUCAGUGCCACCUAUCAGUGCCGCCUAUCAGUGCCAGUCAGUGCUGCCUAUCAGUGCCAGUCAGUGCCACCUAUCAGUG